UCAUGCUGCUGCCAGGUCCAGAGUCUGUCAUGGGUCCCUGUACGGCCUCCCAUUGCUGCUGUCUCCAUCGCCACACUCUGCCAUGUGCCACUUUCAGGUCUCCUCACACACUGCUGGGUGUGUUGAAUUUUUUGACAUAGGGUGCUGGCAGAUUACGGGCCUCCCAUAGCUGCUGCCAGGCCCCUAAUCUGCCAUGGGCCCCUAUAUACCGCCUCCUCAUGCUGCUGCCAGGUCCGGAGUCUCUCAUGGGUCCCUGUACGGCCUCCCAUUGCUGCUGUCUCCAUCGCCACACUCUGC